GAGGGAGCGUGAAGGAUGUUUAAAUUGCAAUCCAAGCCUUUCCCCCAGCGGUACCCCUUCUGCGGGAGAAUUGCGACAGCAACCAAGGCAGCGCUACGAGAAGCAUUCCAGCCUUUACACCGAAGCAUAAACGAUGGCCACCAAAGACAAACUGAUCACCCAAGUGCUGAAGGAGGAGCCAGGGAGCAGCAGGAACAAGGUGACGGUGGUGGGCGUCGGCAUGGUGGGCAUGGCCACAGCCAUGAGUGUUUUGCUCAAGGAUCUUUGUGAUGAGCUGGCGCUGGUGGACGUGAUGGAGGACAAACUGAAAGGCGAAGCGUUGGACCUGCAACACGGCUCCUUCUUCCUGAAAGCGCACAAGAUUGUGGGGGACAAAGACUACUGCGUGACUGCCGGGUCCAGGGUGGUCGUGGUGACUGCCGGCGCGCGUCAGCAGGAGGGAGAGAGUCGCCUCAAUCUGGUGCAGCGCAACGUCAACAUCUUCAAGUUUAUCAUCCCCAACAUUGUCAAGUACAGCCCCAACUGUAUCCUGAUGGUUGUCUCGAACCCAGUGGACAUCUUGACCUAUGUUGCUUGGAAGCUGAGCGGUUUCCCCCGUCACCGCGUCAUCGGCUCUGGAACCAACUUGGACACGGCCCGCUUCCGUCACCUCAUGGGAGAGAAACUAUCCCUCCACCCUUCAAGCUGCCACGGCUGGAUCAUCGGAGAGCACGGGGACUCCAGUGUGCCUGUGUGGAGUGGCGUGAACGUGGCCGGCGUCAGUCUUCAGGGCCUCAACCCUAAAAUGGGGGCUGACGGAGAUAGCGAAGACUGGAAGGCGGUGCAUAGAAUGGUGGUUGAUGGGGCCUAUGAGGUGAUCCGGCUGAAGGGUUAUACUUCAUGGGCCAUCGGGAUGUCUGUGGCUGACCUGGUGGCGAGCAUUACCAAGAACAUGCACAAAGUUCACCCCGUGUCCACACUCAUCAAGGGGAUGUACGGCGUGCAAGAGGAGGUCUUCCUGAGCAUCCCUUGCGUCCUGGGCAACACGGGCCUGUCGGACGUCGUCAACAUGACCCUGAAGCCCGAGGAGCAGCAGCAGCUUGUGAAGAGCGCCGAGACACUGUGGGCCGUCCAGAAGGAGCUCGUUCUGUGAACAGUGCAGCGCCCCGUGGUCCGUGGCCACCUCGACCCCAAACUAAACGUCACAAAACACUGUGCAUUAAGCCCAAGCGACUCCCUUGUAUUUUCUGUGUCCCGCUGUGGCAAAUGGCCUCCAUGAAGACCUAUGAAGUUGCAAAAAGUGGAAGUUACUUUCAGAUAUUAACCAAGACUAGGUGUCGUCUCCUCCCAUCAUUGUACGUCUAACCCGAAACACUCACAACUAUUUAGCUGUUAGCAUCAGCUUGUGUUGACAUUUGGGAAUGCUUGUCUAAAAUCCUACAAGUACGCUGUUACUGUGCACUGUUAUGGCUUCUUUCACACACUCCUUGUCUGCUUUGUGUAAUGGUUGUAAUAUCUGUUUUUUUGUUCACGCUUCAGUAUGUGUUUUUUUUUUGUUUUUUUGUAAGUCUGAUGGAGACAUUCCAUUCUCAGUGGGGGCAGGCUUCCUGUCCAACUGAUCUAAUAGUAAUCUAAGGUCUUCUCCACACAUGACCACAAGUGCACCGAUAAGUCGAGAGUCAAUGGAAAUUCACUUCGCUCCUUGUAUGGUUGGGGAUGCUACUGAAUGGAAAUGAACACAUGUUGUUUGCACACCCUUAAUCUUCUGGAAGAGAAUUGUAUUUAUUUUUCUCCACAUAAACUCUAAAGGACAUUAACAAAGUGUAGUGGUGUUAUUUCCUCAACACCCGUGACUGCAGAUGAUCGAUAUUUAUUGUUUCAAGUAUUAUUUAUCAUACCGAAUCACUGUAUCUGGACAUAUUUUUAUGUACUGCAGCAUCAAAUAAAGCCAAGAUACGGAAACUAGA